UAUAUUGCAGCCGUUGCAGAUCUCAUGAUUGGGGACAUGGUAGUUGACGUGAUGAUGAUCAUUCUGUGUGUCAGCCUUGUUGUCGCCGCCAUCAAGGGAAACUAUCUGCUGUGCCGAAUAUGGAUGAUCGGUGCGAUUGUCUAUGUGACCAUCAUUUUCAUUUUUACCAUCAUCAGUUCCUCCUUUCGUGCUUCGAAUAGGCCCGAAACAGCACACCAGUUGGGGCACCUGUGGGCCGGUUUAGCUUUUGAAGGCGGCUUAUUGAUUUAUGGCGUUAUCUUGGUGAACUCAUUCGCUGAGAGGCUGCGUGAGACAGAGGGGUCUCUUCCGCCAUACGGACAAGUUCGGGAGCCAUCUGGGUCUAUCUAGAGAGAAAAAAGAAGAACAGAAAGAAAGAAAGGAAGAAAGAAAGAAAAAAAGAAAAAAAGAAAAAAGAAAGAAAGAAA